UCGCGGUGGCUGUGAGGGCAGAAGAAAAGGCCAGGCUGAGGGGAGGGUGGAGGGUAAAUAGCUGGGAUCUGUGAUUGGGCAAGGCCAGGCUCGCGGUCCUUGCCGGGUUCCGCGAAGGGAACCUGAGCUGACUCGGCUCGCGGGCGAAGGGCAGCCUCUGAGCUCCCGGCGUUCCGGGAGCGGUCUCUUUUGUAGGAGCACCUGAAAUGCAGCGUCUAGUGCACUAAGUCGUAGCGGCAGCACCAGGCACAGCGACUGCGCUGUGGCCCUGUGUAGAAGCUCCAUCCCCCUUGUCUUUGUGUUUGCCUGCGUCCCCAGACUCAGAGAUUAUCUUAGAAGACCUAGGAUUCCAAAAAUGUUUCCCCUGGAGGACGCUGAAAUGGGAGCCUUUACCUUCUUUGCCUCGGCUCUGCCACAUGAUGUUUGUGGAAGCAAUGGGCUUCCUCUUACACCAAAUUCCAUCAAAAUUUUAGGGCGCUUUCAAAUCCUUAAAACCAUCACCCAUCCCAGACUGUGCCAGUAUGUGGAUAUUUCUAGGGGAAAGCAUGAACGACUAGUGGUCGUGGCUGAACAUUGUGAACGUAGUCUGGAAGACUUACUUCGAGAAAGGAAACCUGUGAGCUCUUCAACGGUUUUGUGCAUAGCAUUUGAGGUUCUUCAGGGCUUGCAGUAUAUGAACAAACAUGGUAUAGUACACAGGGCAUUGUCUCCUCAUAAUAUCCUGUUGGACCGAAAGGGACAUAUUAAAUUGGCUAAAUUUGGACUUUAUCACAUGACAGCUCAUGGUGAUGAUGUUGAUUUCCCAAUAGGGUAUCCCUCAUACUUGGCCCCUGAGGUAAUUGCACAGGGAAUUUUCAAAACCAGUGAUCACAUGCCAAGUAAAAAACCAUUGCCUUCUGGCCCCAAAUCAGAUGUAUGGUCUCUUGGAAUCAUUUUAUUUGAGCUUUGUGUGGGAAGAAAAUUAUUUCAGAGCUUGGAUAUUUCUGAAAGACUAAAAUUUUUGCUUACUUUGGACUGUGUAGAUGACACUUUAAUAGUUCUGGCUGAAGAGCAUGGUUGUUUGGACAUUAUAAAGGAGCUUCCUGAAACUGUGAUAGAUCUUUUAAAGAAGUGCCUCACCUUCCAUCCUUCUAAGAGGCCAACCCCAAGUGAAUUAAUGAAGGACAAAGUGUUCAGUGAGGUGUCACCUUUAUAUACCCCAUUUACGAAACCUGCCAGUCUGUUUUCAUCUUCUCUGAGAUGUGCUGAUUUAACUCUGCCUGAGGAUAUCAGUCAGUUGUGUAAAGAUAUAAAUAAUGAUUACCUGUCAGAAAGAUCUAUUGAAGAAGUUUAUUACCUUUGGUGUUUGGCUGGAGGUGACUUGGAGAAAGAGCUUGUCAACAAGGAGAUCAUUCGAUCCAAACCACCUAUCUGCACACUCCCCAAUUUUCUCUUUGAGGAUGGCGAAAGCUUUGGACAAGAUCGAGAUAGAAGCUCACUUUUAGAUGAUACCACUGUGACAUUAUCAUUAUGCCAGCUAAGAAAUAGAUUGAAAGAUGUUGGUGGAGAAGCAUUUUACCCAUUACUUGAAGAUGACCAGUCUAAUUUACCUCAUUCAAACAGCAAUAAUGAGUUGUCUGCAGCUGCCACUCUCCCUUUAAUCAUCAGAGAGAAGGACACAGAGUACCAACUAAAUAGAAUUAUUCUCUUUGACAGGCUGCUAAAGGCUUAUCCAUAUAAAAAAAAUCAAAUAUGGAAAGAAGCAAGAAUUGACAUUCCUCCUCUUUUGAGAGGUUUAACCUGGGCUGCUCUUCUGGGAGUUGAGGGAGCUAUUCAUGCCAAGUACGAUGCAAUUGAUAAAGACACUCCAAUUCCUACAGAUAGACAAAUUGAAGUGGAUAUUCCUCGCUGUCAUCAGUACGAUGAACUGUUAUCAUCACCAGAAGGUCAUGCAAAAUUUAGGCGUGUAUUAAAAGCCUGGGUAGUGUCUCAUCCUGAUCUUGUGUAUUGGCAAGGUCUUGACUCACUCUGUGCUCCAUUCCUGUAUCUAAACUUCAAUAAUGAAGCCUUGGCUUAUGCAUGUAUGUCUGCUUUUAUUCCCAAAUAUCUGUAUAACUUCUUCUUAAAAGACAACUCACAUGUAAUACAAGAGUAUCUGACUGUCUUCUCUCAGAUGAUUGCAUUUCAUGAUCCAGAGCUGAGUAAUCAUCUCAAUGAGAUUGGCUUCAUUCCAGAUCUCUAUGCCAUCCCUUGGUUUCUCACCAUGUUUACUCAUGUGUUUCCACUACACAAAAUUUUCCACCUCUGGGAUACCUUACUACUUGGGAAUUCCUCUUUUCCAUUCUGUAUUGGAGUAGCAAUUCUUCAGCAGUUGCGGGACCGGCUUUUGGCUAAUGGCUUUAAUGAGUGCAUUCUUCUCUUCUCCGAUUUACCAGAAAUUGACAUUGAACGCUGUGUGAGAGAAUCUAUCAACCUGUUUUGUUGGACUCCUAAAAGUGCUACUUACAGACAGCAUGCUCAACCUCCAAAGCCAACUUCUGACAGCAGUGGAGUCAGAAGUUCGGCACCUUAUUUCUCUGCUGAGUGUCCAGAUCCUCCAAAGACAGAUCUGUCAAGAGAAUCCAUCCCAUUAAAUGACCUAAAGUCAGAAGUAUCACCACGGAUUUCAGCAGAGGACCUGAUUGACUUGUGUGAGCUGACAAUGACAGGCCACUUCAAAACACCCACCAAGAAAACAAAGUCCAGUAAACCAAAGCUCCUGGUGGUUGACAUCCGGAACAGUGAAGACUUUAUUCGUGGUCACAUUUCAGGAAGCAUCAACAUUCCAUUCAGUGCUGCCUUCACUGCAGAAGGGGAGCUUACCCAGGGCCUUUACACUGCUAUGCUCCAGAACUUCAAAGGGAAGGUCAUUGUCAUCGUGGGGCAUGUGGCAAAGCACACAGCUGAGUUUGCAGCUCACCUUGUGAAGAUGAAAUAUCCAAGAAUCUGUAUUCUAGAUGGUGGCAUUAAUAAAAUCAAGCCAACAGGCCUCCUCACUGUCCCAUCUCCUCAAAUAUGAAGAACCAAGAGUGUGACUGCCAAAAGUCAGCGUGGCAUCAGCACCAACAGCACAGUUCUUCGUAUCCAUGCCACUCUCAGACAAAACUAGAUGUCUAGAUUGUUGCAUUUCCAUAAAGUUUGUCAUGAGACAUUUUUAAAAAUCUCAUAACCCACAUGUUCAGCUAUCUACACAAGAAACUUGACUGUACAUGUAUUGCUGAAAGAAUUUUUCUUAACAGUGAAAUCUGAUCAUAUAUUUUUACUACACUGCCACAUAAAGCCCAAGAAAUUCAGCUGAUGAGACAGAUUUAGCAUUAUCAAGAAAUCCCAGUUGCCCUGAAAAAGCUGUCCUCCAUUGUACUGAACAGACAGUCCUGUUGAUUGUAUUAUUUAGAAACAUACACUGAAUGUGGGCUAAAAUCAUCAUCUUUCCCUGAUAAUGAAAAUUGAGAAACUAUUCACAAUGCAUUCCUUAUAAAUAAAUGCUACAUUUAGUAACUCAUUUCACCCAAACAAGGGUGUGUGUGUGUAGGGGAAGUGAAGUUUAUCCCAUUGCAGAAAGUGGUAAUAUUUACUCCCAGAAAAAUGACAUUUAGAAACCAUUCAUAUUUGAUAGAAUAUUUGGUCAGUUCCUGUAGCAAAGAAGAAUGGCUUCAACAAAUUUUCUAGUUUCUUUAUCACAUGAAAUUCUGUACAGUCAGUCUAGGGCUAGUAUACUGGUUUCCUGAUCAUUAAGAACUCAUUAUCUUCUCUCAUUGCUUUACCAACCUCAAUACGUGUCAUCAUCUCAUGGAUGAAAAUAGCUCCUCAGCUUCUAUCAUCACAUCUGUUAUCUAGAAGGAAGAGAAUGAGGGAAGGAGGGAGGGGAUGAAGAGAAAAAAAGGAAUGAAAGAAGGAGGGAGGAAAGACAGAAAGAAAGGAAAAGAAGCAAAGCAUGCUCCUUCCCAUUAAGGUCAUAAACCAGAAGUUGCACACACUACCUCUGCUUACAUAUCAUUGGCCAGAACUUAGGUACAUGGCCACACCUAGCUUAAAGGAAAACUGGAAGUAUAGUCUUUGGGUAGUUGAUCAUUUCCCCAGCUAAAAAAAUUCUUAUUACUGUGUGGGAAGAGUACAUAUUGAGGUACAGCUAGCAACCUCUGCCUCUGCCACGUUGUUUUUAAAAUGAGUAUUAUAUUUCAUUAAAUCUAAGACAUCUCACAAUUUUAGGUACCACAAAGAAAAAAAUGAAGCCAAAUGAAUUGUGACACAUUGUCAAUUAAAAGACACAUUCCCUGGGAGGCCGAGGUCAGUAGUUUGGCCAACAUGGGGAAACUCUGUCUCUACUAAAAAUAUAAAAAUCAGCCGGGCAUAGUGGCAUGUGUCUGUGAUCCCAGCUACUCAGGAGAGGCAGGAGAAUCACUUGAACCCGAGAGGUGGAGAUUGCAGUGAGCCGAGAUAGGGCCACUGUACUCCAACCUGGGCAACAGGGUGAGGCUCCAUCUCAAAAAAAAAAAAGAUACGUUCCCAUUUCAGAAACCUGAAAAAAUAUGCAUCUUAUAAUUAUUGAAAUAUAGCAUAUCCUUUAACUAUCUUCAAUUUUGUUUUAACUAAAAAGUGUUCAUUCAUCUAUAACAAUAUUCCACUCCAAUGUUAAGACUGCCUAGGCAGAACAUUUCAAUAAAAGCCUCAAUUCAGCUUUCUGGGCCAUGGUUUUGUUGUUGCUGCUAUUGUUUAUUUUAGUUUUUCUUCUUUGCAUCUACUUUUUAAAUUGAGAUAUACUUUACUUACCAUAAAAUUCAUCCUUUUAAAAUGUACAAUUCAGUAGUUUUUAGUGUAUUCACAAAGUUGUGCAAUCACUAUUAUCCAGAAUACUUUCAUUGUAUGCAAUUGUCUACCUGAUCAGGCAUUCCACAUUAACCCCUCCCAAGGUCUUUAAUAAAUGUUUGUAUAUGGA